AUGUUUAUCACACGGCGCCACACAGACGCCUCAUUGGCAAGGGGCCAGCCAGACGUAAUCGAGGAGAAGAAUGAUGUCAAGCAGCUCGUUGAACUGAAUCUUUGGGGACACUAUCGUGUUAUUGCGUUCAUUCACAAAGAACAGGCAAAUAUUCUCCGGAAAAAAUGUUGUCCAACGCAGCUCAACAUUCGACCGAGCGCGGCACAACUGGCACAGGUGGCUGGCGUUGCAGAAUGGGAGAACGGGAAGGGAGCCGUCAUCUGGAUGAUUGGAAGUUAUUCAGCUUCACUGCAUAUCUUCACUUAA